CGCGGAUUCUAAGAGCGGCGGUUGCCCCCGGCCCCACCCGGAGCCAUCGGGGGUGCCAGGCGGGGACGGAGCGCCCCCUCCCACCGGAGUGCAGGGGCCGCCCCCGGUCGGAGCCCGGCCCCGGAGCGUGGGGUAUGCGCAGCUAACGGUUCCGUCGGGCGGGCUUUCCUCUGGUGGAGCGCGCAGGCGGUGCGCCCCAGCUAUGGAGUGUCCGGGGAGACGGCGGGCAUGACGGCGGCAGGAUGGGCGCGAACAAUGGCAAACAGUACGGCAGUGAGGGCAAAGGCAGCUCAAGCAUCUCAUCUGACGUGAGUUCAAGUACAGAUCACACGCCGACCCAAGCCCAGAAGAAUGUGGCUACCAGUGAAGACUCCGACCUGAGCAUGCGCACACUGAGCACGCCCAGCCCAGCCCUGAUAUGUCCCCCGAACCUGCCCGGGUUUCAGAAUGGAAGGGGCUCGUCCACCUCCUCAUCGUCCAUCACCGGGGAGACGGUGGCCAUGGUCCACUCCCCGCCCCCGACCCGCCUCACCCACCCGCUCAUCCGGCUGGCCUCCAGACCGCAGAAGGAGCAGGCCAGCAUCGAGCGCCUCCCGGACCAGUCCAUGGUGCAGAUCUUCUCCUUCCUGCCCACCAACCAGCUGUGCCGCUGCGCCCGCGUGUGCCGCCGCUGGUACAACCUGGCCUGGGACCCGCGGCUCUGGAGGACUAUCCGCCUGACGGGCGAGACCAUCAACGUGGACCGCGCCCUCAAGGUGCUGACCCGCAGACUCUGUCAGGACACGCCCAACGUCUGUCUCAUGCUGGAAACCGUAACUGUCAGUGGCUGCAGGCGGCUCACGGACCGAGGGCUUUACACCAUUGCUCAGUGCUGCCCCGAACUGAGGCGACUGGAGGUCUCGGGCUGUUACAAUAUCUCCAACGAGGCGGUCUUCGACGUGGUGUCCCUCUGCCCCAACCUGGAGCACCUGGACGUGUCAGGGUGCUCCAAAGUGACCUGCAUCAGCUUGACCCGGGAGGCCUCCAUUAAACUGUCCCCCUUGCAUGGCAAACAGAUUUCCAUCCGCUACCUGGACAUGACGGACUGCUUCGUGCUGGAGGACGAAGGGCUGCACACGAUCGCGGCGCACUGCACGCAGCUGACCCACCUGUACCUGCGCCGCUGCGUGCGCCUCACCGACGAGGGCCUGCGCUACCUGAUGAUCUACUGCACCUCCAUCAAGGAGCUGAGCGUCAGCGACUGCCGCUUCGUCAGCGACUUCGGCCUGCGGGAGAUCGCCAAGCUGGAGGCGCGCCUGCGGUACCUCAGCAUCGCCCACUGCGGCCGGGUCACCGACGUGGGCAUCCGCUACGUGGCCAAGUACUGCAGCAAGCUGCGCUACCUCAACGCGAGGGGCUGCGAGGGCAUCACGGACCACGGCGUGGAGUACCUCGCCAAGAACUGCACCAAACUCAAGUCCCUGGACAUCGGCAAGUGCCCGCUAGUCUCCGACACGGGCCUCGAGUGCCUGGCCCUGAACUGCUUCAACCUCAAGCGGCUCAGCCUCAAGUCCUGCGAGAGCAUCACGGGCCAGGGCCUGCAGAUCGUGGCGGCCAACUGCUUCGACCUCCAGAUGCUCAACGUGCAGGACUGCGAGGUGUCCGUGGAGGCCCUGCGGUUCGUGAAGCGCCACUGCAAGCGCUGCGUCAUCGAGCACACCAACCCCGCCUUCUUCUGAAGGGGCC